UUGCAAUAAUCAUCCGCGUAUUUUGACGUGAAAUCGAACACUCGUGUUAUCUACAUCUAAUCUUAUCAUUAUCGAUUGGACAAACAACGGUCAAUUUUCAGUAUAUAUAAGAAAACGAAAGCAAUAGCCGUCACUACUUGGUCUGGAGUAGCACGACAACCCAGCAACCACCGCUCCAAACAUGAAAUUCGCACUGGCACUAUUGGCCCUCGUGGCUACGGCUUCAGCCAAGAUCGAAAUCCCGAACUUCGGUCGAGGCGAGCUCCAUAAGGACAUCCAAGAAUUCCUGGACCUCAUGCCAGUCGACGAAAUCGUCGCGAUUACUCUUAAAUACCUGUCCGAAGACGCAGAGUUCCAGCAAAUCGUCGAGUACUUGCAAGGCAAGGAAUUCAAAGACCUCGUGAGUACGGUCGAGGCUCUGCCGGAAAUCAAGAAACUGAUGGACUACAUACAUCAUGCCGGCAUCGACAUCUACUUGAUGAUAAACAAACUGAACGACAGGCUCGGACUCCCUCAUCUCGUUCCGCCCAAGGACCUCGUGCUCAGGAACUACGCAACCGGUGGACUCCGCGGAUACCUCGAUGAGAUCGAGGCAAUCUUACCCAUUGAGAAAAUCAAGGCACUCUACGAGAAGAAAUUGAAAGAAUCCAAGGCUUUUAAAGAUUUUGUAGACCAACUCAAAUCCAAAAACUUCCAAGAGAUCGUCAAUAAGGUCUAUGCUAACCCCACUGUCCAGAAAAUUUUGAAAGAUCUCAAGGCACGCGGUGUCGAUCUUAAGCUCAUCAGAGAGCUGUUGCGGCUGAUCCUCGGCAUCGUAAUCCCUGUGCCCCCCCGCUUUUGCUUAUUCAUAGCCAACACGAUGAAGUUCACACUAGCGCUGUUUGCUGUCUUGGCCGUUAUCGGCCUAAGCCAGACCCAUAAACUCCCGAACUUUGGCAAAGGUCCUCUUCACGAGGAUAUCCAGGACAUUCUAGACUUGGUUCCUAUGGGAGAAAUCGUGACUGUUACGCUAGAUUACAUGUCAAAAGAUGCCCAAUUCCAAGAAGUCAUAGAGUUCCUCUCGACCUCGACAGUGCUUAAAGACUUGACGGUGGACGUCGAGGCUAUUCCCGAAGUGAUCAACCUUUUAAAUUUCCUGCAGAAGGAAGGCGUCGAUAUCUACUUCGUGAUAAAUUCGAUAAACAAAGCCUUCGGUAUCAAAGAGCUAGUACCCCCCGCUUCUAAUGUGUACUCCAUGGUGCCCAUGAAGAGGACCGGCGGAGUCGCAGGAUACUUCAAAGACAUCAAGAAAUUCUUCAACUACGAUAGUUUCAUUCGAAUCUACGUACAAAAGUUGGAUACCUCCCCGGCUUUUGGUCGUUUCGUGCGGGAACUCAAGUCCAAUAACUUCCAACAGGUCGUUAACAAGGUCUACUUGUCCAAGCCCUUCCAAAUCAUUGCGAACGGCUUCAAAAACUACGGAGUGAAUUUGCAGAUCAUAGCUGACAUUAUGCGCAUCGUUCUCGGCAUUACCGUACCAAACACUCCGCAGCAAUCUACCUUCGUUUUUGAACGCACACUGAUCGAGGAGUUAGGAGAUUUUAUGAAGCUCAUCCCGCUGGACAAGUUCGUGGACACAGCGAUCGAAUACUUUACCAAAGAUCAAAAAGUACGGAGCGCCUUUGCCUACACGCUGACGUCUGAGUUCCAUGAGCUGCUACGUGACGUGGAGACUCUAAAGGAACAUCAAACGGUGGUAAUAUAUCUAGAGAAGCAAGGCUUUCACGUAAUCGAGGGUAUUCAAGAGUUCCACAAGGUCAUUGGUAUGGAUAAAUACGUGCCGCCUAAGAUACAGAACAUACUUAAAUCACAAAUCGGAGUGCAAAAGGUAGGCGACGGAAUGCGGGCGAUGUUCGAAGAUCUUGGGGCCCUGGUGCCUACGGAGAAGACGCAGGCACUUUACGACGAAAAGAUGAAGACUCGUAACGCCUUCUCCGAGUUUGUGGAGAAAAUUACAUCUCCGGAGAUAAAGAAGGACCUGUGCGAUCUGUAUGCUCAAUCGGCCCACCAGAAGCUGCUCACUAACUGCAUGGAACACGGACUGGAUCUCAAGGCAAUGUCGGAAUUUUCCAGGAAGCUCAUUCCAAUUCCCAUACCAACACCGUCAAAAUGCGUAGCUUGCCAACACAAGUACAGGAAGAUGAAACUCAUACUAGCGCUGUUUGCCGCUUUGGCCAUCAUCGGCCUGGGCCAAACUUAUAAACUUCCGGACCUCGGCGAAGAUUCUCUUCAUGAGGAUGUCCAGAAGAUUUUAGAUUUGUACAGACAGAGCGUUUCCGGCAUUGGCGUACCAAAGACUCCGCAGUCUAACUUCGUUUUUGAACGUUCACUGGAAGAAGAAAUGUUAGAUUUUAUGAACCUUCUCCCAAUGGAAGAGUUCCUACAGACACUGUUGGAAUAUAUAACCAAAGAUCAAAAAGUACAGGAAGCACUUGAGUACGUGUUUACGCCCGAGUUCCAUGAUCUAUUACGUAGCGUGGAAGCUCUAAAGGAAUUUCAAAAUUUGGUAAUAUACCUAGAGAAGAGUGGUCUUCCCGUAAUCGAGAUUAUCCAAAAGUUCCACGAAGCCAUUGGUAUGGAGAAAUACGUGCCGCCUAAGAUAGACGACACGUUCGAAUCACAAAUCGGAGUGCAAAAGGUAGGCGACGGAAUGGGGGCGAUGUUCAAAGAUCUCGGGGACUUGGUGCCUACGAAGAAGACGCAGGCACUUUACGAUGAAAAGAUGAAGACUCGCAACGCCUUCUCCGACUUUGUGAAGGUAGUGACAUCCGCGGAGAUGGAGAAGCUCCUGUAUAACCUGGCUACUCAACCGAAUUACCAGAAGCUGGUCUCUACAUGCUUAGAACACGGACUGGACUUCAAGGCAAUGAGGGAAUUUUCCAAGAAGCUCAUUCCGAUCCCCAUACCAAUACCAUCAGAAGAUUCGUAGUUUGAAAACUAGCAGCUUUUAACGUUACGUGCACGCCGAGACGA